AAAGCUUAUACACUGAUAGACUCAUGACGGACACAAUAUUCGUCGCUUGUACUUGUAGUUCAUAUUUUGUCCGUACCUGUCGCUAAAGUCGCACACUCUUCGAGCGAGAGCCGAUAAAUAAUCCGCCAAUAUAUAAUUCGUGACAUUAUGUCAAAACCGGCAUGGAUAAUUUGUUUGAUUUUUCAAACAUUUUGUGUCAUAAAUGUAAUUGCAUCAACGGGAGAUAGAUCGCAGAUUUACAAUCAGUGUCUUAUGAAACAUCGUAUCAAUCACUGUAAAGAUGAUACUACUUUUAUUAAUCCACCAUCUCUAUUCCUUUCGUUAUUAUCAUGGUCUUGCAUUGAAGAUUGUAGGUACACCUGUAUGUGGCAUACAGUUGAGUAUUUUGUAAAUCAUGGUUUAACAGUGCCACAAUUUUAUGGAAAAUGGCCAUUUAUACGUAUUUUUGGAUGCCAAGAACCAGCUUCCGUUUUGUUUUCAAUAUUUAAUUUUUAUGCUCAUUGGGUAUUGUAUAGGAAAUUUAAAAGAAUAGUAAAUUCAAAAUAUCCUAUGUUCUAUAUUUGGACAUAUUUUAGUUUUAUUUGUUUAAAUGGAUGGUUUUGGUCUACAAUUUUCCAUGCACGUGAUACAGACUUCACUGAAGUAAUGGAUUACUCUUGUGCAUUUGCUAUUGUACUAACAUUGUUAUAUUGUAUGUCAUUAAGAAUAACAUACAAAAGUACCAAAAUUUUUAUUAUACUUACUUGUUGUUAUAUCAGUAUUUUAUAUACACAUCUAACACAUUUAUGGUCUGGAGCAAUUAACUAUGGAUACAAUAUGAAAUUUAAUAUAAUAAUAGGUUUCUUAACUUUUGUAAUAACAAUGUCAUGGUGGUAUCAUGUUAGAUAUGAGAUACCUCAUGCAUAUCUCAUUGGUUGGUUUAAUAUCUUAGCAGUUCUUGUUACUUUAUUAGAAGUGCUUGAUUUUUCACCAAUAUUUUGGAUUUUUGAUGCUCAUUCUUUAUGGCAUGGAUUUACAGCUCCACUUACUAUUUUGCUAUAUAGGUUUAUAACUUUAGAUUGUUUGUAUUUGAAGAUAUAUCACAACAAAACAAUAUUAAAUAUGCAUCAUAUCCAUUGAUUUAAUGUAUCAAAUUUUUUUUUUUUUAAUAAAUUUUUUUUUAUGCAUAAACAUAUAACAAUUACAUUUUCUAUAAAGUGCAAUAUGAAAUAUCAAAAAAAUUAUUUUUUGUCUAACUAUUCAUUCUAUUUUUAACAAAUAAGUACCAGAAUUAGCAUUUGUUUAUAAGCAUGUGUAUUAGCAUUUUACAUGGCAGUUUAACUUAUAUAGGCAGUACCUCCAAGUCUUCACACAUAAUGAGCUUCUACAAUUUAUAUAACAUUAACCCUUUUUACAUCUUCAAUAUAUAAUUAUAUAUCAUGUUUUCUUAGAUCAUCUUUUUGAAGUCAAAAGGAUUAAUGCAUCAUACUAUAAGUGAUGCUUUCAUCAUUUCAUUACUCUCUUUUCUAGUAUACCCUCAUUGUUGAGAAAUCUCUAAGUCAUUCAAGGAAUGUGUUACAACAUGUGUAUUACAUAUGUAACUGGAAUUCAUAAUUAUUUUUCUAUCAAAAUGAUGAUUAAAAAAUAUUGAUAAAUUAUAUAAGAUAAAUUUUGAUCUAUCUACACACCAUUAAUUGUUUAAUAAAUGUAUAAAUACUUAAUUUGUAAGUUCAUGAUUUAUAUGUGCGAGCGUUCAUUGCAUUUUGACGAAUAUGAAAAUAAGUAUCAAUAUUAUAAAAAUUUCAAAAUUGACCUUAUGAAUCUACUUAAUUAAUUAAAAACA